ACGCGUCACAUUAUCAGGUUGGUACCACAAGCAGGGGGUUUAGUUGUUGAAUGCAGUGGCCAGUAGUACCAUAGUACCGAGAGAGCGAUAUUGCAGUGACUCGAAUAUAUUCUAUAUAGUACGGGUCAGUGAGUGACGAUUUUCGAGAGGAAGGCAUCGAAUCGUGUCGGCGAUAAUUAAAAGUGUUUUUCCAGUGUUCAGGAAUACAGGCAACAGGUUCCAAUAGUAUCCAGAAUAUCCCCCGGUGUCUGUUGGAUAUUUCCACUAAUUAGUACACAUCUACACGUACAUAUUAAUAUUACAAUAUAUAUAUAUAUAUUAUUUUUUUUGUUGGUUUAACUUGGUUUGAAUAAUAAAAUGAGUAAAAAGUGCGCAAGGUGUGAAAAAACGGUGUACCCGACCGAGGAGCUGAAGUGUCUGGACAAAGUAUGGCACAAGAUCUGCUUCAAGUGCUUUGAAUGUGGGAUGAGUCUCAACAUGCGGAAUUAUAAGGGCUUCAACAAGGCACCUUAUUGCGAGGCUCACAUACCAAAGGCCAAAGCUACGACAAUGGCGGAGACGCCGGAACUGAGACGUAUCGCGGAGAACACAAAGAUCCAGUCGAAUGUGAAGUACCAUGCGGAUUUCGAAAAGAGCAAGGGGAAGUUCACGCAGGUGGCGGACGAUCCGGAAAUGUUGCGCAUCAAGCAAAACACGAAGAUCAUCAGCAACGUGGCAUACCAUGGCGAGCUGCAGAGGAAGGCUGAGAUGGAGCAAAAGAGGACGAUAAACGAAAACGGUUUCAGGGAAACUCCGCUUGCCAGUGUCGUCGACCAGACGAACGCAAACGUCGUUCCUCUAAUGCCGGCAGUCGCGAUGCCGCAAACGGCGACAAACGUUCCAGCACCACAACAACAACAACAGCAACAACAACAACCACAGAUAGGAAAUCCACAGAACAUCGGCAAGAUCAGCGACUACGAUCCGACGGUGGUGAACUCCAGUCCGUACUCUGCGUCCAGAAAUAGCCAGACCUUGAUCUACACCUCGGAUCAAGGGGCCGUGAACAAUCCACCGGCCAGGCACAUAGGAUCAGUGCACGACAUAGACCCUGUCAACCAUAAUUACGGAUCUCUGGGUAGGGUCUACAAGGCGAUGUACGACUAUGAAGCACAGGACGACGACGAGGUCAGCUUUCAGGACGGCGAUCUCAUCAUCAACGUCAGCAGUAUCGAUGGUGGUUGGAUGACGGGGGAGGUGCAGCGCACCGGACAAGUCGGAAUGUUACCCGCCAAUUACGUCCAAGUUGCACACAUCUAGGAGCCAACAGCAUUUCGAAUUCAAUAUUCCUCCGAUGGAACAAUGGAAUGAAAGCAACCAUCUUUUUUAUAUAUCUAUACACUCUAAGACAGCAUUUACCUUUUUUACUAAACUAUGAAAAUCUACUUAAUCCGUACUUAGAUUUACCGAUGAAAGAAAAAUCAUUCCGAAAUCAUUCACGAAAUCAAUAUCAGCGCAUUCCGUUUCGCAUUUACCCGAAAUAUCUUAAUCAUUUGGGUGGAUGCGCUCACACAAAUAGCAUUUCACACUGACAAACAUCAUUCACGUCCAGAUGAAACAAAGAAAAACUAUCAAAGAGAUUAUUAAGAUGUUCACAAUUAAAUAUCACCAUUACUAACAUAUUUAAAUAUGUCUAAAUUAUUAUAUUAAUUGAGUAAAUUAAGUCAAUUUUAUUGACGCUAAUUGAGAUUAUUUAUUCCUUGACCAAAUUCAAGUCAGUGUGAAUUCGCUUCGUUAAUAUGUUUCUAUAAUUAUUUGACUUUUUUUUAACUACUAUAUAUAUACAUAUUUAAUAUUCUUAAAGUGGCUUCUGCAAAAUGCUUGUAACUUGCCGACGAACGAAAACUGAAACUAUAUCGCGUUUAGUGCCUUAUCAAGAAAUCAAAACACAAAUCAAAAGACCGUUGCCUUAUUGUUGAUGCUGGUUCAAAAAACAAUAAUUGGUGUUCUUUUGGUAAUAGAAUCUUAAUUAAGUGAUCUUUACUAGAACGUUUUUUUUUCGAUAAUACGAUUUUAUUGAAUCUUUAUAUAAUUUUUAUUUUUUUUAUAUAUACAUAUACUUGGGAAAUAAGUGGGAUAUAUAAAAAGAAAUGAUGAGAAGAGUAAUACUAAAAAUGUACCGUCUCUUUACGUUUCAUGCAACACUAAUUAUUAAUAAUUUAGUUGCUGCAAUAAUUCUGUUUUUGUUUUUUUUUCUUUCUUUCUAUAAAGUAAAAUUUAAAUACAUGUGUAAAUCGUGGGGUGCUAAAUGAUGGAAUAUAAAUAAUAUACGUAUUUUUUUAUAUCGACUUGUAUUUUGUAUAGAUGGAAUAUAUUUU